AUGAAUAUCGAAAUCGCCAAUCAACAAUCGACGCUCUCGAUCGAUGAGGAUCGAAUACGCCGGGUCGCGGCCGCGAUCUUGGCGGACGCGGGGUAUGGCGAGGGAGAACUGAGCGUCGCGGUGGUUGACGAUCCCACGAUUCAUGAGCUGAACGUCCGCCACUUGCAGCACGACUACCCGACCGACGUGCUGAGCUUCGCGCUGCUGGACGAGCCGCCGCGACUCGAAGGCGAGGUGAUCGUCAGCGCCGACACGGCGGUCGAGAACGCGGCGGAGUACGGCUGGCCCGCGGAGGACGAGUUGCUGCUGUACGUCAUCCACGGGACCCUCCAUCUGGCGGGCCACCGCGACAAGGCCGACGACGAGGUCGCCGCGAUGCGGGCCGCCGAGCGCCGGUACUUGCGUCUGGCGGACGUCGAGCCGCCCGCGCUCGCUCCCUCGGAGUUGGCGGCGGAGGGGACGCAGCCACAGUGA